AUGUCAUUGAUUACUAAAUUUAUUAAAAUAUGGAACAUUGAGUCAUUCCUUUUUUGUUAAUUAAUUGUAAAAUAUAAAAGGACAAAAAACUAAAUGAAUUAAUACAAACUUGUGGGAAAGAAAGGAGAGGGAACAUUUUCAGAGGUCAUCAAAUCACAAUCAUUCAAAACAGGAAACUAUGUGGCUAUCAAGUGUAUGAAAAAUAAAUUCACAUCUAUUGAAUAAGUCAAUCACUUAAGAGAGAUUCAAGCUCUUAGGAAAUUGAGUCCUCAUGAACAUAUCAUUAAGCUAAUCGAAGUUCUAUAUGAUGAACCUACAGGAAGAUUGGCUUUAGUAUUUGAAUUAAUGGAGCAGAAUCUCUAUGAACAUAUCAAGGGCAGAAGACAACCGUUGAAUCCUUAGAAAGUUAAAUCCUUUAUGUACUAACUGCUAAAAUCGAUUGAUCAUAUGCAUAGAAAUGGCAUCUUCCAUAGAGAUAUCAAGCCUGAAAACAUUUUACUGAAUUCAGAUCAUUUGAAACUUGCAGAUUUUGGAUCGUGCAAAGGCAUUUAUUCAAAGCAUCCUUAUACAGAAUAUAUCUCUACUAGAUGGUACAGAGCCCCUGAAUGUUUAUUGACAGACGGAUAUUAUGACCAAAAGAUGGAUUUAUGGGGCGUGGGAUGUGUGAUGUUUGAAAUCAUAGCCCUGUUUCCUCUCUUUCCAGGAACUAAUGAAUUAGAUUAGGUUAACAAGAUCCAUAAUAUUUUGGGAACUCCAAAUCCCAAGGUUUUUGAUAGAUUCAGAAAAUAAGCCACUCAUAUGGAGAUUAAUUUCCCCAAUAAACAUGGUACUGGUAUUGAGAGACUUCUCCAAGGAUAAACCAAGGAGUGCAUUGAUUUAAUUAAAAUGUUAUUGGUGUAUGACCCUGAGGAAAGAAUUACUGCUCAAUCGGCUUUGAGACAUGAAUACUUUAGAGAACUCUAUGAAGCAGAUGCGACUCAAAAGAGUUUUCAACAUACUCUCUAAAAUAUCAAAAUUUCUUAUCAUCGAGAAUAGAAUGACAAUUCUUUGGAAAGAAGUCAAAGAAUCGAUGAGGGUAAACAGAUGCACUAGCCCAAUUUUAAGAAGACACAGAAUUAUUAUGCAAAAUCAUAGAAGAAAUCUGGAUUGCCUUCCUUACAAUUUGAUUUGAAAGUAGAGAGUAUAUACAAGAACACGCAACAUCAUGAUAGUGAUGAUGAUUUAGAUAAGUAAUCUUCAAAUAAAUAAAUGAUGCUGCCUGAAAUCAAGAAAAAGAAAAAGUAUGAUCCCAAAAUUAUUUAUGGGAAAUAGCAAUAUCAAUCCAGCUAAGCAUAUUAGUUUAAUUCAAAAGCUGGCAAAAAAAUGGCACAUGGAUUAUAAGCUGAUUAUAUAGUUUACGGAAAGAAAGCAGUGAAUUAAUAAGUCUUAGGCUGAUUAAUUUAAUUUUU